AUGUUUGGAUUUGUGAAAGACGUUUUUACGUGCGUUACCAUCCUUCUUUAUAUCACAGAAACAUGCACAAGCGAACCGCAGCCACCAUUUCUAGCCCUAUACAGCCCAGGUGAUACCGAGUAUACAGAUGUGCUAGUGCGUAGAGCCUAUGAUAAUCUAACUUUGGUGUGUGAAGUGCGAGGGGAUACUUCCCCAAGGGUGUUUGUGUGGAAUUACGUGAAUGAUAAUGGCACUGAUGGAGGCAGGCCCUUCACAAUAGAGCCAUCGUCAGGUCCGUACCCAAACAGUACUCUGGAAAGGACUUUCCUCCAGCCCUCCGACAGUGGACACUACAUGUGCUCCGCCCCACCGUUCAGUAUCACCAAGUAUAUACUGGUGCAACCUAGAGGGCCGACGCACUGCGCGCGCGGCGCGUUCCGGUGCGACGCGCGCUGCGUGCUGCCCGCGUACGUGUGCGACGGCCGCCGCGACUGCGCGCGCGCCGAGGACGAGCUGCCGCCCAUGUGCGCGCCCAGCCCCUGCGCAGGUAGCGACAAAUUGAACUGCUCGAGCGGUCGCUGCAUCCCCGAGGCGGCGUGCUGCCGCGGCGCCGCGCUGUGCCGGCAGCCGGCCUGCUGCGAUGAACACCCGAGAUAUUCUAAUUUAGAAGGUUACGUAGAAGUGGAAUACCCACCGUUGUUUGAAGACAGACAUGCUCCGGACGACUAUGGGUUCAUACAGUCUACGAUAUACACUGUGACCGCGUGCGCGCUCAUCUUCAUGGUGGCGGCGGUGCUGCUGGUGUCGGCGCUGUGCAAGAUGCACCUGAAGCGCGCGGCGCUGCGCGAGUACGCGGCCGCGCACCGCGACACCGCGCACCACUACGCGGCUCGUUACCCACCACGCUACGAGUCCACACGGCUGUUGGACGCGACACCCGCCAGCCCUGCACACGUGGAGCCCUGCAGUCCUUCGCCCCCGCAGUCUCCGUCUGCGCCGCCUCCGCAAUGCUCGGGCUUCGGCCUGUCGAGGCUUUCUGCUAUGUUCUGUACUAGAUAUAGGCAGGUACCAACCCAGUGCUGCGAAGUGGAAAUGACAGACGUCAGAUCCGCCUCAUUAAACAAUUCACCUACCAGAGAUCGAACCCGCACCCUCGACUACCGCUCACCCACCUAUUGCGAUAGUGACCUAUACUUCACUAACCCAGAUCUCACUGCGCGGGAGUUGAACUACAUGGCAACACCGAUAGAGUUCUUCAGAAGACGGACGUUCAGGAGAAAUACCAUCGACAGAGUGAUAGACCAACUGACAGUUCAAAGACCGUUAACGUUACAUUUGGGACGGUUUCAACUAAGUAUACCAAGGUUUGGUAGAAAUAACGAGCCCAGACCAGACACGCCAAACGUCGCGGAAAUUAAUAUAGAUGAUUUAGAUUUUGUCCGGCUAAAUUCUAACGAUACGUACACAUUAAAUGGCCGCACUAUCAGACUUUUGGGUGCUAAUUUUGAAAAUUAUCCCGUUGUCAACGGGUCUAGACCACCGCCGUAUAAUGAAGCAAUGCGACAAAAGUACGGACCGCCCCCAGAAUACCUCAGUCGUGAGGGAAUAAAUAACGAUAACGAGAACGAAGCGAGAAGUAACGUGGAAAUGCCACCAUGUUAUGAAGAUCUCGCUUCCGGUGUAGAUACUAACGCUAAUGACAUAUCCGUUAACAUUAUUGACGUAACGGAUAAUACGAAUGAUAUUAAUGACAAUAACGAUAACAACCUUUUCGUUACUACGGUAAAUCCCGUUAAUGUUGAUAACUCCGAUUCUGUUAAUCCCGUUAGUAAUGUUCCUGAAAGCAUAAGUUCCGUUAUCGACAACUUGCCAGCUAUAGAUAGUGAUGUGAAUGCUAACGAUACAUAUGAUAAUGCGGUUAGUGUUCAA